AUGUCUUCCUCAUCCUUCACCUCAGGAAAUUAUUACAGACGACGUAGGAAUACGGAAAGAGGAACGCCGAAAGAGUGUUGGUGUGGUGCACCAUCUGACAUUUUUACAUCUGGAAGCGAAACAAAUCCAGGAAGAUUGUACUAUUGCUGUGCAAAAGGAUAUCAUAAGAGUCAUUUAUUCAAAUGGGCGGAUGAGUGCUUGGUGGAAGAGGUUGAAGAUAUUAAGGCAGUGAUAAAUGGCAUGAAUAGAGACAUCUCGGAGUUGCGAGUUAACGUUGCUCGGUUGGCGAAUGGAGUAAAGACAGAAUCUGAGAGAAAAGGAGGCGAAUGUUUGAGUGAGAAUCAGUGUUUGAGGAAUGUGGUUGUUUGUGUGGCUGGAAUGAUGGAUGUUUCUGAUGUUAAAUCACGGGGUUACCCUCCAAGACUUUAUCCUGUAGGGUCUUCUAACCUAGAAAAUAAAGACAUUAAUCACAAUUUCCGUUCACGAGAUUUACCUCAUAUUAUAGAAACACUAGGAGAAGAUGUAUGGAAAGCACUGGUGAACUCUCCCAUUGGAGUAGUUGCUAGGCUAGUUGAACGCCGAAGCGUGUGGUCUGGUAGAACAGUACACUAUCUACUAUGUAGACAGCUGCGAGUACAUAGGAAGGAGAUAUGGAGUCUGGUGGUUGAUGAGCCUAUCAGGUUUAGCUUGGUAGAAUUUGGUGAGAUAACUGGGUUAAACACUGGUCCAUUGCCAACAGAAAGUUUUGAACCUGAUCCUGAUAAAUACAAACCGUUUUGGGUGAAGCUGAAGGUGUCGCUUGGGAGGGGACCCACGUUGGAUGAACUGAAGAACUCAAUAGAGGUCUGCACGAGUUGGACAUUUGAAGAGCGUAAAUGGCUAGGGCUAUUAGUUCUUCAACACAUGGUACUUUAUUGUUUGCAUCAAAAUUCUCGGGUGCCAUUUGAAAGUGCCAAAAGAGUGUUUGACGAUGAAGCCAUGAAGUCGUAUCCAUGGGGUCGGACUGCAUACGAAGUUCUCAUUGACUCUAUUAAAACGUUGGCUCCAGAAAUGGGUUCAUACACAUUAAGCGGCCUAAAGGAUGCGUUAUUGAUUUGGGCGUAUGAAUCCAUCGUCUGCUUUGGCGAGUGUUUUGGGAGAGUGGUGAAUAAUGAAGACGUUCCACUUUUACGAUGGGGUGGAAAGCGUACUCGUGCAAAUUUCGAAAACUUGUUGUCUGCCGAGAUAAAACAACAUAGCCAGGUGCGUGUUAGGAGAAUGGUUUCGAAGGAGUCAAUCGAAGAGUUGUUGCCUGAAUGGUCGUGUCAACCUGACGACCCACAACUCGUUAACUUGAUAACAGACAUACAUGCAGGUAGAUUUGUAAAAGGUUUUUGGGAAGUGCAUGGAAAUGCGGAGGGGAAGGGUAACGAAAAGAAGAAGAAAGCUGAGCCACCCACUAAGAAGCAGAAUAAAGUUAAGACCAAUGAGGGUGAAGCUGCUGCAACGGGAAAGGGUUCAAGCGAAGAGGAAGGUAAUAAAGAUUCGGGGAACAACGCGAGUCUGAUGGCCAUUGCGAGUACUCUGGAUAAACUUUCCAAAAAAUUUGUCCUGAUGGACGCGCGAUUUAAAAAACCAUUGGUGGACCAGAAGUCGAUAGAUGACAUGGUGAAAGUUGCAGUGGAGGAGCGUCUGAAAGUUAUGGGGAUAGGAAAAAAUCCCCAAAACAAAGAUAACCUCUCAAACGUCGCCGCCGACCAACAACCUGAACCGUUGUCAUCACCGCAGCCUAAUACCCGGCAGAAGUCUGUCUGUAGUCCACUGUUAGCUGAAACCCCUGGAAAGGAUAUGGGACCUAGAAACAAUUUGUCCAACGAGCUUGAUAAGGAGAGAGGGAUGAAAAAAACUUUGGCUAAGGAGUUUGGAACACAUGCUGAAGAUGAGGGUGCUAAUGUUCUUGAUUUCCUAUAUGUUUCUCCUGCAAAGGCAACUAAGGCUGAAGACUUACGUCGCCGCUCCACGCGCAACCGUAUUAUAAAGGAUGAGGAUGCAGAAGAUAAGAAAAAAUCUGUGCAAGCAGAGGCUGUGUUGAAGAGGAAGGAGAAAGCUGCCGCUAAGAGAAAAGCAGCUGCCUCAAUGAAGCAAAAACAGCCUGAGUUAAAGAAACCAACACAGGCUGAGUUAAUGAAUGAAGAACAGGCUGAGUUAAAGAAUCAAGAAGCCGAUAAUGAGAAGAGAAAGAAUAUAACUACACCGCGUGCCAAUGUAAAAAGAUGCAAGGUUGAAUAUUCUGUAGAGGACAGUGAAUUUGCUGUAAUGACCGACGAAGUUCUUGCGGAGGAGAAUGAAAUCUUGCCGGAGUCGCCUAUGUAG